UUUAUAUUCAUGGGUCAAAUAACCAAUAUCCCAUGCACACCACAAACGACGUCGUAUUCAUAUUUUUCUCCUCCUACGACCGUCAACGUGAACGACAAGAGCAAACCGAGUAGUCUGAUCACAUUCGGGUUCUCUAUGAAUCCAAUCAAUAUUCGGUGAAUUUUCUUCGAGUAAUCACGCAAAUUCAGUUCGACUUUGUGUUUGGCCGAUCAAUUUUGCCGGAAAAAAGACCCGAAAAUGUCGUCAUCGGAAUCGGUUCUGACGCCGACCCAGAAGUACGCCGCCGGAGCUCUUUUCGCGCUGGCCCUGCACCAAGCUCAAAUACACCAGACCAGCCCUUUGGGUUUCCCCUCCAGCCAGGACGGCGGAGACUGCGGCGGCGGCGACCCGUCGGAGGAACGCGUCAGUAGUAGCAGUAGCGGUAGUGACGCUGUCUCUGAAGAUCCCCAGCUGUGGGUCCACCCAUCAUCCGGUCUUCUCAGGCCGGUCUUCAAAUUUCUGGGAAUUGAUAGCAAAGCCUGGGAUGGGCUGGAGGAGACUGUGGCAUAUUCACCUGCUAAGAAUCAUGUUGGAGCUUUUCUGAGAUUACUUGCUGAGGACAGUGGUGACACAUCUGAAGCUUCUGAUAUGGAAUUGGCUUUGUCAAAAAGUAUAGAGGCCAUGUCUCUGAGCAUGGAAGAGACUUCUGUUGAUUACGAAUCCAAAAAGGAAAAACAACGUGAAUACGAGCAUGCUUGCCGGGAGAAGUUUUCAACCCACGAUAAGAUGCUGGACUCAAAAUCCGAAGAGAAUGAUAGGCCCAAUGACCAUCAGCAGGAAAUAAGUGCUGUCACAUCUAUAGUCGAGGAGUCCCAUGUAGAAUCCAUCAGUGAAUCUGAAGGAAAACCACUGGAAGAAGUAAAAAUGCUUGGUCACUCAAGGAAAUUAAUAGUUUUGUAUGAGCUUCUAUCAGCUUGUUUAGCUGAUCCUGAUACCCCUGAAGACAGCAAGAAAUCCACCAGGCGAAGAAAGGGCUAUGAUGCCAGGCAUCGUGUGGCUUUGAGGCUGCUUGCUACCUGGUUCGAUGUCAAGUGGACAAAGAUGGAAACUAUUGAAAAGUUGGUUACUUGUUCUGCAAUGGCUCUUCUUAAAGAGGCGCAAUCGAAAGAAGCGGCCCAAUCUUCUAAAAGUUCAUGGGACAAGUGGAAACGAGGAGGUAUCAUAGGUGCUGCAGCAUUAACAGGAGGAACUUUGAUGGCUGUUACUGGAGGUUUAGCUGCUCCAGCAAUUGCUGCUGGAUUUGGUGCUUUAGCCCCUACGUUAGGGACUAUCAUCCCUGUUAUUGGCGCUGGUGGCUUUACGGCUUUUGCUACUGCUGCUGGAAGUGUUGCAGGUUCUGUUGCAGUUGCUGCUUCCUUUGGGGGUAGGUCUGCUGGAGCUGGACUUACAGGGAGCAAAGUGGCUAGGAGAAUAGGAGAUGUUGAUGAAUUCGAGUUCAAGGCUAUAGGGGAUAAACAUAACCAAGGGCGACUAGGGGUUGAGAUCUCAAUAUCUGGAUUUGUUUUUGAGGAGGAAGAUUUUAUAAAACCCUGGGAAGGACAACCUGAUAACUCUGAAAGGUAUGUUCUUCAGUGGGAGUCCAGGAAUCUAAUUGCUGUAAGCACUGCUAUUCAAGAUUGGCUUACUUCAAGUAUUGCUAUGGAGAUGAUGAAACAAGGUGCCAUGAUGACUGUGCUAAGCACUCUUUUGACAGCACUGGCUUGGCCGGCUACAUUGCUUUAUCUUACAGAUUUUAUUGAUAGCAAAUGGACAAUUGCUGUGAACAGGUCUGAUAAGGCAGGAAAAUUGCUCGCCGAAGUAUUAUUGAAGGGGCUGCAAGGGCAAAGGCCUGUGACACUUGUAGGUUUCUCACUUGGAGCAAGAGUGAUUUUCAGGUGCCUCCAGGUUUUGGCUGAAAGUGAAAACGGUGCUGGACUUGUGGAAAGAGUUGUUCUUCUUGGAGCUCCCAUAGCAAUUCGAGAUAUGAAUUGGGAAGCGACAAGAAAGGUGGUUGCUGGGAGAUAUGUGAAUGCAUAUUCAACAAACGAUUGGAUGCUUGGAAUUGCAUUUCGUGCUAAACUUCUCACCCAAGGAUUGGCAGGAAUUCAACCUGUUGAUGUCCCGGGCAUUGAAAAUGUUGAUGUGACCGAGGUUAUCGAGGGUCACUCGUCUUAUCUAUGGAGAACUCAGCAGAUCCUAGAACAGCUUGAACUGGACGCUUAUUAUCCCGUUUUCAACCGAAGGAUCGUAAAAUCAUAGUAUAUUGAUCGGUUUUCUCCUUUUCCCGAGAUCAAAGAGACUUGAAGCUCGAAGUUGAAGCUCUACAGUGCAGUUUUUACCAGGAAAGAAAAAAAAAAAAAAAGGUUCUGCAAUUUCAACUUCAGCAUUGUCUAUUUCAAGAACAUCUGUGAACUAGAUGUGUGUGUUUGUAAACAUUGUAUGAAGACUAUUUAUACUGUAUGUUGUGUAGAGCUGUAUAUUAUAAUAUUAUGCGGAAGCUAUUACACGAGAAGUGGAUCAGAAUAAUGUAUGAUUAGUGCUUGUGCACUUUGGUUCUCUCUCGCUGUUUGAGUUUUUUGAUUGGUUGUUGAUUGUAUAGUUUUGGGACUAAAUUCAUGAAUAUCAGUGGAUACGGCCAUACGGGAAGGGGUUGAGUUUUAAUGAUGACGACAAUUGCUCUUAUUGUACAUUGUAAGAUUAUAUGCUCAGGUGGAGAAGGUUUGUACUUUGUAGUAAAAUUGCAUUUAAAUAAUUGGGCAUUUGGUACAACGUUUGUAUCAUUCCUUAUAUAUAAUUACAGAAAACGUUGAGCUAGUAGUAGCUUUGCAUCCUUCAUAAUAUCUUAUGUGGUUUGAUAUUAUGCUUUGUAAUCUAGUUCGGA